ACCAUGUGCGGCCGGGCUCCGCCGCCUCAGUCGAGGCCAUGACCGUCCCCCCGUGGCGCCUGGCCGGGCUCUGGCCGUGGCUGCUCAUGGCGGCCCUGCAGGUGGUGCUGGGCCAGCCGGGCCCGGAAUCCGAGCUGCCGUCCCGCCAAGCGGUCAUCAAGGUGACGCUGGUCAAGCACGAACCGGCGGGGAGUCCCAUCACUCUGAAAGGGAAGUUCGUGGGAGACAGCGCCGGUGUCGCGGAGGGGAAACUCAUGCAGUAUCACCCUUUGUCACUGUGCAACACCAGCGAAGAUGAACGGCAAGAGGGUGACUUCAUCACCAUCGUCAAACUGGAGAAGAAGGUUCCCCGCUGUCUUCCGCUGCUGGAUAAGGCCCGCAUGGCACUGAAAAAGGGAGCUCGGGCGGUUAUUUUUGAUGUCAGCGAUUACGACAACGCGGCUGCCGAGCUGAGAGAAACGGACUCCCUUCCCCGCCCGGUCGUGCUGGUGUAUGCUGAGGAUGCGGAGGAGUUGAUGACUCUGGUCAACAAGAACGAGGAGGCUAAAGUUCGGAUUGAGAUCUUGGUGGAGCAGCCCAGAUGGCCAUAUUAUGACGUGGUUAUCCUGCUCACCAUUUUCUUGGCCGUCGUGACCAUCAUCCUCAUUUUUGCUUUCCGCUAUAAGUGCAAGUCCAAUAGAACUUGGGACUCGGUGCAUCAGCAGACCAUGAGGGCAAUUAGUCGAUUGGAGACCAAAACCUACAUCUCCCAAGGGUGCUCUAGCUCACAGCGCCUCCGUGGGGCCUGGGGUUCGGCAAGCAGCUCCAACUCCACCCCAGUAUGUGCUAUCUGCCUGGAGGAGUUCCAGGAUGGCCAGCAUCUCAGGAUCAUCUCCUGCGCUCAUGAGUUUCAUAAAGAUUGUGUCGAUCCCUGGCUGCUGCAGCACCGCACUUGUCCUCUGUGCAUGCACAACAUCAUGGGGGCUGAGAGGCACGGCCAGAGGAACCGACUCCAAUCCAGUCCGGAGCAACGUUUCCUCCACCCUCAAGCUUACAGCAGUCCACGAAACCACCCGUUCCCCCAGCAUGACAUCCCUUUCUCUAUGAGGCCACACUAUCCACGUGGACCUUCAGGCUCCUACUCCUCAGUCGGCCACUACAAUUCCUCAUCUCCCAUGAACAACCAAACGCUUCGUUUGCUCACCAGCAGCAGGCCGCUGGGUGCUCCUUGUGGCUAUCACCUUCCAGCAGAAGGUCCUAGAAGACCCCACAGGACAGGGGGUAACUGCAGGCCUUCCAGUCACCACUACACCCCCCGCCGGUCCUGUCACAACUAUCGCUCAUCUUGUCCAGCUCAGCGUAGUGCCUCCAACUCCAGAGUGCACCACAUCCCACAAAGCCGUGGACUGGCGGCCCACGGCCGACUGGACGAGGGCAGCUGCUCCGGCGGCAGCUACCACACGGACCGCAGUGGAUAUCUAGCCGACGGGCCGGCGAGUGACUCUAGCUCCGGGCCGUGCCACGGCUCCUCCAGCGACUCGGUUCUGAACUGUACCGACGUGUCCCUGCAGGGAGUUUACGGCAGCUGGUCCACUUUUCGCAGCUCGCUGAGUAGCGACUACGACCCGUUUGUGUAUUUUGGGCCGGGCUCGGUGGAAGUGGAAGCCCAGAGCCGGCCUAGGUCUCUGGAUUCGGUGGUGAACAAAGUGGGCUGCCCUGAGGAGCCACCGCAGGCUGUGUUUAGCCACAUUCACUACCACCGCCAUCGACACCACCACUACGAGGACGGGGAGCACGGCCAGGGCCCAAACAGAGGCUCGGAUGAGGAGGUCGGGACAGCCGCCGCCCCUCCGACACUGGUCUUGGAUAAAGACUCACCUAAGUCCAGUCACUGCCAGUGCCAAAAAACAGACUGUACACAUCUGCCCAGUGCUGGGGCAGAAGGUCGGGAUCAGGACCCAAGCCCGUCUUCGGGACCUUCUGUCCUGGUGCCCUUACAUUUACAAACCCACUGCUGCCACCAGGGACACCCUCCCACAGCUCUCGGGCGGAGCUGCGUGCGAGACCACCCUUCUGUUCGCUUCCACCAGAGCUUGGACCUUCAGGAUGAUCGGAGCAUCCGCAUCCAUUUCGGCCAAGGCUCGGGCUUUUGCUGCUCUCCCCCUGAACUUCACCCCGCCCUCCUUCCUGUACCUCUCAUUCUGGACUCGGGAGGUAUAGACGAUUGGCCCUGCUGUGCCGGAGUUGUUUGGCAAAAGCGGGUGCAGGAGGCCCACUCUGAGCCUCAGCUCCUGGGGACCAAGACCUCCAUUGAGAGACCUCCUUGCACAUCCCAUCAUGGCCUUACUGCAGAUCGCAACACAGACAUUUGUUUAUACUGCCAAAAAAUAUACAAUCAGGGAUCUGAAGAGGAGUCCGGUGUGUGAGAGAACUUUUUUUUCCCCUAAUAUGACGCUGCUACACAGGAGGCACAAAUGGAUGAUGGUCUUAGUUGCUCGCACUCUUUGCCUGCUGCCACGUAGUCAUUCUGCUUGCAAGGUCUUUUGCAACAACUCCAAGAAUUCACAAGAUCCCUCUCCAGAAUGUCUCAUUAAUGUCCUUUUUUUUUUUUUUGAUGGGAAAAGAUGGAGGAGAAAGAAAAAAAAGUGGGAAAGGGAUCUUUGUUCUGGUUGUUGACAGUCAUGAGGUCAGAUAUGUGUGCAGGCCUCUUCUAAUUCACAAUUGAUUUUCUCACCAUGGUACCUUUGCGUAAUUUUCAUUUUCUUCAAACUUCUUUCUACUAAGCCUACCUCAGCUCCGAUUUUGUCUUGCCUCACACACAGGGUUUUCUUUUAAGGUACUGCUGUAGUUUUUUUUUUUUUUUUUUGGUCACAUUCAAGUAGCUCCCGCAAUCUAAAAAUGUUUCUAAUGUGACAGAGGGAUAAAAGUUCAACGAGGUUGCUGAGCCUUCCGUGGGCCUUGUUUUCAAUACAGUACUUCAAUAAUGGCAGCUUUUUUUCUUUUUAGGGGGGGGGGGGAUUUAUUUUCUUUUUUCAAAAUGACUGAACAAUGUUGUCAACUUGACAAGCGACGGUCUCGUUGGCACUUUGCUUCAGAGGGAAUUUUUUUGUGAUCUUCUCCAGCAACUGAAGCUACUAAAAAUGGUUCUGCGUUGUAACCCUCGAAAACAUUGGAAACAUUCAGUUAUCGCAGUCAGUCAAUAUGUUCGGCCAUACUAAAAAAAAAAAUUUUUUUUAAAUGGGGGUUGGGGUUGGUUGGGCUCCUCCUUAAUUGAAAAAAAUGAUGGCUUUUGUUUUGGAAUUAUUUACAUGUUUAUCAGCAAAUAUUUUUCAGUGUGGCCCAUUUCGUAACAUAAUAUUUUGAAACUGUAAAACGAUCAACUGACACAAACGUUGAUGGAUAUCUUCUGCAUGGGUAGCUCCGAGAAUCUCCUGGACCCUUUUAAUCACUCAACACUUGACCUUUGCACAUACAGCUUCAAUCACACGAUGACCAACCCUAUUUCUCCACAUUUGCAGUUUACCGUGCUACAUUGGAGUCCGGUAGGAGUACUUUGUCCCUACGUGCCUUAUUUUACUUUGACAAAGGGCAGUUUGACUGCGGAUACACUUUAGUGCCCUUAAAGCUCCAGGGCAUUGCAAUGUAACUUGUAGCACUUAGCAGAGCCUCAUAUGUGCCUUAAUGCAUUUGCAACAUUUCCUUUUUUUUUUUUUUAAAUACCGCCCCCUUUGUUCAACUGAAGCAAAAUGAAAGUGGUAAUCAACUUUGGCGCAAAAAACACAAAUAUUGUCCGACACUAAUAUUCCCUAGCUAAAUGAUUCAUGCGCCUUUUAUUGUCUACGGCAGGUUUUUCCUCUUCCGUGGACGUGACUGAAUUAAAAGCAGCACUUUGGGUGAAGCACAU